GAGAGAUUAGUCAGAGUGCACAAAGGUGCCGUUGUUUGAUCAAACUUCACCAUCGAACACAGCAGCACACAUCGGUACAGAUAGAGAGAUGAGCAACACAUCGGAAGAUCUCCUGAUCAUCUAUGAGGUGGAGGCAGAGCAGUGGGCAUCGUACCUGCGCUUCCAGCUGACAGGCCCCAUUCCUGAGACUGGUAUUUGUUGUUAUGAUAUUGCUAUGGUGACCAGUCGCCAGGAUGACUUCCUGAGACUGGGAGAGUACAAAUGUAAGCUGCUUAUCCUGUCACGUGGCAUGCUGGAGGGGCUAUGCCAGCUCUGGCGGUUCUUUCUGGCUCGUGUCUUGCGCCCGGAGACCCGUGUGGUAAUUCUCCUGUGUGGGGUGGAGAGCCUGGAUCCUCUGCUGGAGCUAGUUCCACUGAAGGGGGAGGAGUGCCUCCAGAUCUCCAGCGAACAGGACCCCAAGGACUAUCGAUUGGCUGUAGCAGAGAUUGUACACAAAGGUGUACAGACAGCAGCAGUGGAUGGAAGAUCAGUCCAGGAGUUGAAAGUAGAGAAGAAACUGUCUAGUGGUGCUCUUGUCGCUAAUAAGACUUUAUUGGUCCUACCCAGCCGUGUACCAUGUGAGAAUCCAGGGAAGAUAUUCAUUCUUCUGCAGGAGAUCAUGGCCAGCAAAGAUGCAGAGGUUGAGUUCAGUGGGAACAAGCAGAGAGUGAGAGUGAAGCCUGUGAAUUGGAAUGAGAGCACACUGAGUGUCACUGCACCUGAUUUUACUACUGGAGAGGUGAUUGUGACACUUUACAGUAAAGGCCAGGUUAAAGGCAAUGCCUGCUUACAAUACUACACCAUCAUGGGAGAUAUUGCCCAAUUCCUCCAGCAGGCUGCAGAUCCUGUGAAGUUUAUGUGCCAGGCCUUUCAGGUGUCUUCCUUGGAAAAGCUGGAUCAAAUUCUAGCUUCUUGUCUGGUCCAGAAAAUGCCGACAGGAGGUUUCCAGGGCCUGCAGUGUGAUCAGUCUCCUGCUGGGGAGUGUAGCUCAGAGGACAUUCCUACUCUCCUGCAUUUUGCUGCCCAGCAUGGAUUACGAGAUCUGGCUAGUGCUCUGCUGCAGUGUCCUGGAUCCCGGCAGGCCCUAAAGGUCUCCAACAGUCAUGGAAAUACGCCGUUGGAUCUCGCACAUGUACAUGGACACGAGCUCUACAUCCUCCUACAGGAGUCAUUGGUUUUUGAUGACAAUGAUGGCAACACUGACACCGGUGUAUAUGAGUUGAUGGGCAGAGCAGAUAAUCUUCGGGUGGGUGAUCGUAAGGAGGAACACCAAAUCAAUUACGAUGAGAAUGUCUAUACUCCUCUGGGUAGAAAUGAGGAAAAGUAUGACACCAUCCUUACAUCCAGCAGUCCUGUGGUAAUAGUGAACCGCCCCCCUGCACCGACCCCACGGCCUGAUUCACUUCCCACCCCGGAGGACAAGACUCCUUUCAUUGCACAAGUAUUCCAAAAGAAAAAGUCCCAAGGAGAUGCUGAAACACUAUACUCUCUUCCUGCUAGACAGGCGAGGCAGAGGGAUAGCAUCUCGUCCACGUAUGACACCUUUGUGCCCAGUCAGCCGCCAGGACUAGACGAGCUGAUCAAACUUCAGGAGGAGGUGAAGAUGGGCACUCUAAGUAUAGAUGAUGCUCUGGAUCGAUUCAAUGACUGGCAAAGGCUUCAGAAGGGAAUGGACAGCGCCCAACAGGAGAAAAUACAGCAGUUGAGGGCAAGAAUCAUCAGCAACAAAGAGGAUGAUGAAAGUGUCUAUGAUAAAAUCAGCAUUAUUCAUCACACGCCAACUGCAUCUGCAAAUGAGUGUCGAAGAGCGAGCCAGCAACUGGACACAGAGUUCUACAGUAAAUCUCUUAAAGGACAGAAUUCAAAUUUCUUGAAGAAGGCAGACAAGCAGUAAAAGUAAGUAACAAACAAACCAUUUAUCAUUUUCUUUAAAUAAAAAUAUGCACAGUGAUUUUGUAAGUUGUAUUGAUUGAGCCAAAACAUAACACACCUGUAAUGCAGUAAUUGCCACAAUGUGUUGUCACCUGUAUGUCAAAUGAAUGAAUUCAUUUAUUUUGUCUUAUUUCAGUCAUCCUGCUUGAGGAUUGAAUGCUACUCUGAACAAAUGCACUAAACAGGAACUGAUACAUUGUAGGUUAUAUUAGCACAAUAUCACGGCAAUUUGUAACUCUUUUUACGUUUUAGCGAAGUGGUGGCUAAUUUGUAUGAAUUCGUACAAUCCCAAAUUUGUUAGGGUUAGGGGUGGAACUUCAUGCUUCCUUUUUUUUUUUUUAAAUCAUGUUUUCAUAUGAAUCACUUCAUACACAUUCAUACGAAAGUGCCACCAAGUAAAAUAUUUUUCCCAUGAGAUUAGGUUAGUAUUUAGUCCGUCAGAGCAAUACUAAAAUCUAAUGACUCUUAGUCAUAUCCCGCUAUUCACUAUUU